AUGGAGCGAGACAAAAAGGACAAGAAGAAGGAUAAAGAGAAGGAGAAGGAUGGCGCGAGCAGCAGCGACAAACCGAAAGACUUCAAAGACAUCUUGAACGCCAAAUUCGAAAAUGCUAUGAAGAUGCAGCACGACGACGCGUCGUCGGGCGGGGGAGGCAGCAGAGUGGGCGGGCAGCUCCUCAUGAGGAAGCGUGGUGACAUGAAGGACAAGUCAGAGAAGGAGAACAAGAAGAAGGAGAAGAAGGAGCGCGAGAAGAAGGAGAAAGAGCGGGACAAGGACACCAAGGGGGGCGACAAGGACAAGGCCGCCGAGAAGGACAAAGAAAAGGAAAAGGAGAAGGAGAAGGAGGCCAAGGACAAAGAGAAAGAUGCAGCAAAGGAGAGGGAGAAGGAGUUCAAGGAGGCUGCCGCGAAGGACAAGCGGGCCUCGGGCAUCCGGGGCGGCAAGGUGUUCGGCGGGCAGCUGAAGGAGGGCCUCUACGACAAGAAGGGCACCAAGCACGCCGUGCCGCCCUUCUUCGAGCACGCCCUGGCCUACAUCGAGGAACGAGCGUUGGAGACGACGGGUCUGUUCCAGGAAGCGGGUCCUAAGAAGGAGGUGAAGGAGCUCAUCAAGCGGAUCGAGGCCAAGCAAGACAUCGAGUGGGCCAAGAUCAAGAAUCCCCACACCGUAUCCAGUCUCAUUUUGAAGUAUUUGCGAGAUCUGGAGGAGCCGGUCUUUCCCUACUAUCUCUACUCUCAUCUCAUCGAAACGGUCUCAAAAGGCGAGGCGGGACUGCAGGUGAACGAGUCGGCUCUGCGGCAACUGCUGCACGCGUUGCCAGCACCCAACGUAGCCGCGCACGCCAGCAAGAACCAGCUCGUCGCCGAAAGCCUCGCCACCUUUUUCGGCCCGGUGUUGAUGCGCACGGAGGGCGAGGCGAGCCUGCAAGCGCUGGUAUCGCACACCAGCGAGAUUCUCUUUUUGACGGCCUACAUGAUCAACUUCACGCCGACGGACCUUCUCUUUUCCUUCCCCGAAGAAGGCUCCAACCAAAGGCUGAGCAACUACAGCUCGCCGUACAUGGAAACCGACUCGUUGAAGGUCGACGACCGACCAGGGGCGCGGUCGCGACCCACCUCCACCGAGCCCACGGCAGCCUCGGCCCUGGGCACUGACGAGGAGGGGCGCGUGCCACGACGACCAACAAUUCCGUACGCCCCGCUCAGGAUCAGCAACACGGCCGCUCCCGCUGAAGACACCGCAUCGGUCUACAUCGACGAGCAGUCUCUCGAUGACUCCCAAUCG